AUGUCGUCAAGCAAAGGUACAUAUUUCAGCCCGACGCCCUCGUGGUGGGAGUCUCGGCCAGAUGACAGUGUGUUGACUGGAGUCGUCUUAGUUACGCUGCGAGCGGUCAGAGGGCGGCCUUCGGCCUUGCAACAGAUGCCAGGACCUCUCGACGCAGUGUAUUGUCGACACCCAGUACAGGCGCUUCAAACUCUGAGCGAUAUAGCAAACCAGGUUCAGCUGCUGCGGGCAGCUCAGAUCGACGACGCGGCAGUAUCGAGGCGCGUUCCAUUGGAAGCGGCCAGCUUGGCUCAUUCCCAGAACGCCAGCAGCAGAUCCGUAGGUGCUCCCGCCCUUGUUCCUCUUGCAAACAGUCCAUCUGCCAACCACAACUGGAACGGCGGUUCGGCAGAAGACUAUACUGCUGAUUCGAGUGGUGACGCCGCACUUGGCGGGCACCAAAUUCCAUUGGCAACCUUUGACCCGGCAUCGGCGUUCCCAGCUUCGAGAGAGCAGACCAUCCGAUCCACCACGGUCAGUCCAGCGGAGAUUCAGCGUUUGUUUCAGGUAUACUUCACUCAUUACCAUCCACUGUUUCCGAUCCUCCAGAAACCCUCGUCAGCAGACCCCGUGGGCGAGGGAUCUAGGCUACUCUUCUGGGCCAUCAUCCUAACCGCAGCUCGCCACGACAGCCUCCAUUUCUCCCUGCUGGACGCACUGCUUCCCGCGGUCCAGGAUCUGCUCUGGUCGACGAUAGCACAUCCCCCUCACACGCUGUCAUCCCUGCAGGCCAUGGCGAUUCUUUGUGUCUGGCCCUUUCCCACGUCAUCCAUGCCCCUUGACACCACGUAUAUCCUGGCUGGAAAUCUCAGAUCGGUGGCAAUGCAUGCUGGAAUGCAUCGCGCAGACAACAUCUCCGAUUUCUCGCGACUACGUGUCUCUCUGCAAGCAGCGGAGCUCCGCGAGCUUGUCAAGGUGUGGUGUUGCAUUUACGUUGCCGUGGAAAGUGCGGCCACCAUGGCCGGGCAAGAGCCCUAUUUCCACAAAGAUGCCACUAUUGAGCAGGCAUCCGAAGUCACGAAUCCAUUUGAGCUUCCCGAGGAGGUUCACGGCGCAGUCAUGGCCCAAAGGUUCUGCAACAAGGUCCAUAGAGCCAUGAGCGAAGUCGAGACGCAACAAGGACCUAGCCCUCGGCCAUCGAGAGUUUCAAUACUGCAGGACUUGGAGCGUGAUCUUCAGAUGCUGGAAAUACAGCUGGCCGACACCAAACAUGGCGAGUCAACGACCCUUGGUCAACGAGUAUUUCCGAAAAAGCUAACAAUAUCAACAGAAAUGCACCUUCUUUCCGCACGGUUCCAACUCCGAGCAUACUGGUUAUUCCACGACGAGGAGUCGACUGCUCGACGGAAUGGCGUCAUCAAGGCCUAUGAAGAUGCCAUCGACCUUGUCUCUUGUUUCGCGGCGAGGCACAGGACCGAAAGUCCUUUCAAGUACUUACCAUUUGCACGAUAUCAGCUAUGCUUCUCGUUGGCGGUCUUUGUGUCCAAAGUCUCAUCUUCAAGCUACCGGCAAUUCGUGGAUGUCGAGAAAGGCAAACGGGCCCUGGACAUAUGCGUCUCAUUCUGCAAGCAGUCCUCGGUCGAGGACAACGAUCUGCCCGGUCGGACGACCAAAAUCCUGGCGCAAAUCUGGAAUCUGCACAGAGAGCAGCCCGACACGGGUCUCCAGCCUCCGCGGGUCUCGGUCAAAUGCCGCCUCCUGGUCAGCAUCGUCUUUGACUCCCUGUGGCUGUGGCGCGCAAAAUACGCCGGGCAACCAGGCAAUGGAGCGCCCAAGUUCCCACCUCCGUUCAUGUCGCCUGCGUUUACGGAUAUUUCCAGCACGGCAUCCGCAAUAAGUCGCCGGCGACGGCCCUCGGCAGCUUCGCCAACACGCCACGGAUCUGGAAGUAUUAUCACGGACCAAUCUCCAGACACACUCAAUCUUCCUGUGCCAAUGACGGUCGACGAUCCAAUCCCUUGUACCGCCACUGAAGGGCCGACGAUGCCCGGCCCUGGCCCAGACGCCUUGGAAACCGUGGCACAGGACGACGGUAUGUCGUGGGACAUCACCAUCCUCAACUCCCAUCUGAUGUCCUUUGACGAGCUCGAUCCUUACCCUAACCAUGCGAUCGAAGACGACAGCUGGCUACAGUCGCUGAAUCAGUGA